CACCUGCGGCUCUGCUCUCUGAGAAGUCACGCUGACUCGUUGGCUCUGGCUGUGAUGUUCUGUUGUCCAUCUUGGCUGCCGGAGCAGCUCAACCCAGGGGCUUCCUGAAGUGGUGACCACUCCAGCUGGCAGGGGUAGAAAAUGGUUCCAGUCAGACCGGAGACCUGGGAGCCCACAGUCACAGCUGCAGGAUGGAGGAACCCACUCCAGAGCCAGUCUAUGUGGAUGUGGACAAGGGGCUGACCUUGGCUUGCUUCGUUUUCCUCUGCCUCUUCCUCGUCGUCAUGAUCAUCCGCUGUGCCAAGGUCAUUAUGGAUCCUUACAGUGCCAUUCCCACGUCGACCUGGGAGGAGCAGCACCUGGAUGACUGAGGCGCAGGACGUGUCACGGGACCCUGGGAUGCACCUCUUUCUACCCUGGCCGAGACCCGACAAGCACUUGGAGGCUGGGAGUGACUAUGACCACUCGGAGGUGGAGAAGGCUCGCCUUCACCUUAUUGGUUCUCGCAUGACCGCCGGAGGGAAAUGCCAGCAUGUUGGAGGCGAGGCAUUUUGGGAAAGCCUGGGAAGGAUGCUAAGCCAUGACUCAGGCAGGUGGCGUCUAUUCUGGGACUCCAUUGGGAGACUGCAGGGUGAUGGCCCCCUGUCUAGGCUCCUGCGCAUCUUUGGAAAAUGAACAAAGAACAGAUACUCUGGUCUGCAAACAGUGGUCAGGGGGAGACUGCCCUUCCAAUACACAGCACAGAGAGGCUGCUGAGAGCCCAGGACUCUUGCCCACAGCCUAGCAGCAGAGGGGCAGGAAGAACGGAAAAUUCAGGGGGCUUCUCCUGCAAAUUCUCACAAGGCACAUAGCUACUUCCAAACAGUGUUUUGUUUUUUUUUUUUAACUAAAAUAUAGAGGGGAUAUAUUUUUCCUGUUAAGAAUGAGAUGUGCAUUUUGAACACUUGGGAAAAUAUAGAAGAAAUAUAAUAAAAGAAAACUACAACUACAAGAAAAGGAUGUGCAAAGCACUUAUAACCCAACUUCCCAGAAGCCAUCAUUUUGAUAUACUUCUCCAAGUCUUUUUUACAAGAAAUUUUUUUAGUAAUUCACACCGUAUGCAUGAUGCUGCAUUGAUUCAUACGAGAGCUCAAAUACCUUCUGCCUCUCAAGAUACCAUGGCUGGUUUCCGUGACUGAGAGUGUACUGUCUAGGUCGUGACUGAAUAUGGUCCUUUUCUUUCUCUUUAACAUUUGCACAAUGUUCUCACCCAAAUUACUUCACCCAGCAACCUUCAGAAGCUCUGCAUCCCUGGAGCUCCAGGCAAGAUCUGGGUUCUAGUCCUGCUUCAGCUACUCAAAGGUUGUACGAUCUUGAGAAAGUCACCUCCCCUCCAGGUACCUCAGUUUCACCAUUGUAAGAUGAGAAGGGGGAGUCUGCCUGUCUGUCAGGGAAAGCAGCCAUGCUACUGCGGGAGCUGAGACUAGGCUGCUGGUGAUCACUCUUCUCUGGUCUUUCCUUCAUCCACUUCUCCCACACACUGUCACUGGCAUCUAUGACCUUGCUGCAAGGGUUCUAGGUCAGAGCCCACAUCCCCUUCCCAGCCUCCAAUCCCUUGUUUUUGUUAUAUAACCCCUCAAUAAAUCAGCACCUGUGAGCGCCAAUUUCCUCAUCUAUAAAACAGGGGAUCACAUCUACCUCACAUGGUUGUUGUGGAGAGAAGAUGGAGAACGUGAGCAAACAGGGGUAUCCCUUCCUGAAUCUCUCACUCUAGGGAAAGAACCCAAGCCUUCCAAGAGCCAGAGCUCCCAGCCAGUGCCACUGGCCUGCAGGACAUUCAUAGACACCUCCUCAACACAUGACACUCCCCGAGUCUCCAGACACGCAUGGUUGUCGCUACUGUCCGUGUUAUUGCAUAUGUGAGGUGCGUCUACUGUGUCCUUCCAGGGUAGGACCUGCUGCCCUAUCAAAAGAGACCUGUGCUGUGGCCCUUAGACCUCCCCCAUCACCUACACUCAAGCCAUGGGUCACCAUGCACCUCAGGCUACCCGGAAAAAGGUUUCCAAAGCACCGUCACUGCUAGGUGAUCUUUAAAGGUGGACAGACGCUGUUGAGGUGGCUUUCCAGGGCAUGCUCAGUCUCUCUCUCUCUCUCUCUCUCUCUCUCUCUCUCUCUCUCACAUACACACACACACACACACACACGCACAAAGAGACAGCUGGCACAGACUCCAAACAUGGCUAUGAGGCAUCACCUUCAGCCAAGCCCUUCCUCAGAAACCUACCUCACAGAUGGGCAGGCAUUUCUACAGGAACCUGUUAGGAUGGGUUUGCAAAGUCAGACAGGGCCUGUUCCCAGCUAUUAAUGACAGAGCAGCAGGGAUUGAGAAGACAUCUGAAGAGAGCUCUGAAGACUUGCUUCUGGACCUUUUCCUUUUGGAGGGAAAAAAACGGGAUGCCCCAGGCUGUGUUCCUCAGACUGCACGCUGAGGGAAAACCACACCUUCUCAGGAGGAGGCUGCGGGAGGCUGCGAGAAGCCCCUCUUUCCUCCUCAGGCCUACAGACUUGGUAGACUAGAAUCAGACUAGGCAGCCUGGGCCAGACCCCGGGAUGAUAGCACAUUCCUGUUUGAGAAGCACUGCCAGGACCCCUGGUUUCUGACAACGUCCCAAACCUAGACGUCCUAGUACUUUUCACCUUGUCUCUUUGUGCUGUUUUCACGGCGGCGUGGGGAAAGAAUCCACUGCCCGGCUUGUUUGAGAAAAGAGAUGUGAUUUUAAAAUCCACUCCGCCCCUCCAGAAGCUUCCGACAAGCCAACAAAGCACCCUCCCUUCUCCUGUCCAUCCUCCUGCCGGCUGCCCCUUGUUUGAGACAGUCUCUUCUUUGUUCACCACUUUAGAGCCCAGGUUAGGCGGCCCAUGAGCUUUCAGGGAUUCUCCUUUCUCCACCUGCCACCCCCCACGGAAGUACUGAAAUCACAGCUGUGCACUGCUGGCCCCACCCACCUUUGCACUUACGUUCUGGGGAUUCAAACUCAGGCCCUCACACUUGCACAGCAAGCACUUGGCCUCCUGAGCCAAUCUCCCAGCUUCCCCCACUUUCAUCAUGUUUAAGGUCAGUUUUUAAAUGGAUCCCCUCGUGCAUGUGCAUAGCAAGGCAGACCAUGACAGCAAAUACGUUGCUUUCCUUUUUCCUCAUUGUACGUGUGCUGAGAAGGAUAGAUAGAAGUGGCUGGGCUGCGCCUGGGGUUGGCGCUGGAAGACUGAGAGCCGACUUCGGGCAAGAGUGAAAGGGAGGUCCCUAUCUCUGUCGCUGGGUCACACGAAGGCAAGAGAGAGGUGGAGAAUUUCAAGGUGUUUUUCUCCUGUGCUUUCUGUUCUGAAGGAUGGAGGACGUGGUCCUUUAGUGACCAGAGCACCCGCAUCCGUUUCUGCUAGCUGGACAAAAGCCUGCAGCUGUGGGUAGAGAAGGAAACGCUGCAGCAAACUAUCAGGCUGCAGGCUGGAAGUCGGCAGAGAGGAAAUGAAGAGAGGCUGGGGAAAGGGAUAGCUGUGGGGUCAGCUACAAGCCAGAGAAGAAGGCAAACUCUCUGGCAGGAAACGGAUGACAACAUCUCCAGACAGCGGCAUCUAAAGGCUGGGUUCUGGUUGCUGCCUGUGAUGUGCUGUGUGGAAGUCCCUAGGUGUCACCUCAAGCUCUCGGCAAAGGCAGGCGCACGGUCCUUUCACGCCUGUGUGACCUCAACAGUGGGUCCAUCUCCGUUAGACGGCCACAGAGAGGGCCCAGGUGGCCCAGAGACAGAUGGGGUAAUAAAAAUAUGCAGAAGCAGGAAAUCCAGAUGAUAGGCACCAGAAGGAAGUUGGUCCCUGGGCAUGCUUAGAGGACGGGUGUGACGGGUGUGAGUGGCGGGACCCCGCUGCCCGAGCAUGGCAUAUAAAUUGCCACCAGGCCAUUUUAUUUUUCCAAUUAAUUUUCAACAAACUAUCUUUUUUUUACUAUACAUACCAAUCCAAGUUUUCACUCUCUCCCUUCCUCCCACUCCCUCUACAUACCUCCCACCCCACCAAUUAAUUUUCAAAUGUCCACAUUUUUUUUUUUUUUGGUGGAGUGGUUGCAUCGUUGAGUAUGGAACUCAUGGCCUUGUACAUAUGAGGCCAGCGUUGUGUCGUUGAUAUUUGCCCCUAGCCCCACAUGUCCUUGCUGGAAUGAAAAACCCCAAAAUUGCCCCCAAGACCCCAGAGGUCUUCAAAAGAGGCCAGUCCUGCUUUCAAGCACCAAGUGGAGAUAAUUGCAAAGUCUUUUGUCUGUGAGACCGGGUCCCUGUCCCAUGGUCUUGCUGUUGAGAAUUGGACUUGCCGUGUAGGAUGGAUAAUAUCCAUAGUAGUCCCUGUAGCUGCUGGCCCAGGCUGCUGGGAAGUGAUCACACUGAACCUCCCACAUCAGUUCUGGCACAGAUACAGACAGGCAGCCUCAGUUAUACACCUGCUCCUGUCCUUCGGCACUGACUCCAUAAGUCCUUGACAGUCAUCUCCAGAGACCACAGAACUAAUUAGGAAUUUGAACUCUAGACUUACAGAUGUAUCAAGUGUCCCAGUGACCCCUUGGGCUCUAGUGGGAGCUCCUUUGCCCCUGUGGGAUAUCAGUAAUCCCGUAGCUUGUAGGCUAUGGGAAAAUGUUGACGGACAGUGUGGCCAUCCCCUUUUCUGUACACUGGUUCACCUAAUAAGCCCCAAAUGGCACAAAAGCCAUCUUCCAAGUUACCAGACUCCCACCAUGUUCACUGGUAGAAGCAAUUCAUUCUGAGUCACCACAGAUUCCCAAUCCAGAACAUAUACGGUUAUUAUAAGGGUGGAAAAGUCAGUUUCAUGAGUCACAACCCCCCUACCUGGAAGAUACGUUAACAUAGCCAUGGUAGAAACAGCAUGGGGUUCCUUAUGAUCUUAAAACUAGACAUGCCAUAUGAUCCCUCACUGGGGUUUAUCGGUGUAUCUAAAGGAAAUGAAACCAGAGUCUCUAAGGACUCCAAUCCCACAUUGAUUACAGCACCAAUCACAAUAGCCAAGAGCUGGGAAGCUUAUAUUCAUCAGACAGCAGAUGAAGACAAUGUGGUAUCUAAGCACAGUGGGAUCUGAUUCAUCCAUAGGAAAGAAGAAGUCUUGGCAUUGGGACAUGAUGGAACUGGAGCCAAGUACAGAAAAGCAAGUACUCGUGAUAUCACGGAUGGAGUCAAAACUGUUGCUUACCCAGAAACUGAGAGGAAAAUGGUGGUUACCAGAAACUGGGGGAGGAGUGGGGACCCUGGUCACUGGGUCCUAAGGAAAUCAGUUCUAUUGUAUUUCUAUGCUGUUGAUUCGAAGGAGCUGGGAGAAAGGGUUUUGAAUGUUUCUACCACAACGAAGUAAUGUUUGAGGUGAUAUUAUGGGUUGCCCAGACUUGGCUCUGCACAAUAUACACACAUAUCAGCACACCCUAUGAUAUGCUGUAAAUAUGUACAAUUUGUGUAUCAGUUUUAAAAAAAUAAAUAAAAUAUAAAAGGUGUAGAUAUUGCUGGUUUUUUUGUAUGUCAGUCAUUGAAAUGAAGUCUUUCAAAAAAAAAAAAACCCAUUCUAUACUACAGUUUUGCCAGCCGUUUCUGGGGGUGGGAGGCAAGGUAGACGGAGAGACAGUGUCCCCUGGGGGGGAAGGCUGCAGCUUCUGCAACUCCCUAACACAUUGCUGCCCAGAGCGGUGACUAGGGCACUGUAACCCAUAAACUCUAUUGCCUCUGGGUAGGUUGAAAUACGUUCAGUCUGUAUUUCUGAAAGCACACAUGCUUUGGCUAAAAGACCUGUAGGAAUCAAGCUGAGACUAAUCUGGAGGCUCCCUCUCUGAGUGGGUUCUGUAGAACCCAGAGGUGCUAUACGGGCCUCAGAGGAAACUUUGUCACCGAUAGUUCUCCUUGAUUAUUGACCUACUGUCUACUGUACCACGCUGUCAACAGGCCAGGCAACGCACUCAACCACGUUCUGAAUAGAGUUAAGGUCUGCUCUGUGUUUGGAAUGAGAGGCAUCCCAUGUCUGAACCUGUAAGCCAGGGCAUAACCCAGCAGUUGGGGGACGUGACUCCUGUUUGUUAAAUAGAAAUACGUGCCUAUCUUACGAUCUCCUAAACAUUUGCACACAUACCCUGCCAUGACUGCGACUAUCAGGGGAACUUUUCUUUGUAGCGGGCAGGGGUUACUAUGGAGUUUCAUGAGGGGUCGAACUGGAGAAUAAGUGGCUAUUGCCGUGGCCUAGUGGCCCCACGCUAAGAUAUAAAUGGAAGGAAAUAAGCAGACGUCUAUAGCAUCCUCUCUAAGGCUCAAGGAACACUCCAGAAGAGAGAGGGGAAGGCCGGAGGAAGGGGCGGAGUGCUGUGUAGAUAUUUCCUCUAAAAGGAAGGUAGGAGUAAGGGUUAUGAGACACAUCAACAAAACGAGGAGCUCAGGAAACUCCUAAGACUCAGGAAGGUCAGAGAGGUACAAAGCUCAUGAAUGAAUAAUGAAAGGCAUUAAUUAUUAGCAGGCCUGGAUUCUCACUCAUCGAGCCCAAGAAGAGCCAUGGUGAUCUUAUCCUCUUCCAUCUCUCAGAAACUAGGCCAAGGCGACGGUGUAGAUUGGGCGGGGACAGAGACUGGGCAGCAUCUGAGCUCCAAUGGGUAUGAAGGAUAAAGAUGAGCACCAGGACCCUCGCUCAUUCUGUCCUUGGCUCAGGUAUACACGUUGGACUUGGUUCCGUGGUGACAGCCACGAGAGAAAAGAGAAUUUUGCCAGAUAACCUGCACUACAGAUUUGGAGCUUUAAGUCUCUAUAAUAAUCCCCCCUCUGUGUGUGUGCGCGUGCGUGCAUGCAUGCACGCGUGUGUUUAAUGUGUCUUUCUUUCCAUCCUUACACAUGUGUAUGUGUAUAUGCAUGCAUGCAUGCCGUGCAUACACACACACACACACACACACACACACACACACACUCUGGGGACACACUUCAGGGGCCAUUCUCUUCCCA